AUUUCAAUAAUCUCUUAUCUUUUCAACCCUCUUUCUCUCUCUAAAAAACGACAUUCAAUAAUGGCAUGGAAAAGCGUCGAAAAAGGAGCUUUGUUAUUUUCAUUCAUGGUGGCUUUUUUUGUAUUCAAAGGAGAUGCUCGUUCAUUGCUUUCUUCCUACAAUAACAAUGGUAUCUUCUCCCAUUGUCAUAGUGAUGGAAUUGAUAAUUUGUCAUUGGAUUCAAUAAGGAAGACAUUAAUUGGGCUUGAAGAUACCAUUAUUUAUAGCUUGAUUGAAAGAGCUAAAUUUCCUCUGAAUUCCCCUGCUUAUAAACCUUCUCCUUCUCCUGCCUUCCAUGGCUCUUUCAUGGAGUUUCUUGUUAAGGGUACUGAAGCUGUUCAAGCCCAGGGAGGCAGAUACCAGAGUCCGGAAGAAGUUCCAUUUUUUCUUGAUCACUUACCGCCUUCAUUAGCACAACGCCCUCAAAAUUGUUCACAGGAUUUGCCUGCUGCUGCUGCAUCUGUUAGCGUGACUAAGAACAUUUUGGACUUUUAUGUUAACCAAUUUCUACCAAAAUUGGCUCCUAGUGGUGAUCAUGGAAACUAUGCACUAUCUGUGGCUUCUGAUCUUGUGUGCUUACAGGCCAUAUCAAGGAGGAUACAUUUCGGAAAAUAUGUAGCUGAAGCAAAAUUCAGGAACGACACUGAAGCAUAUAGUAAUGCCAUCCGCGCAAAGGACAAGAAUAGUUUGACAAAAUUAUUGACAGAUGAGAAAGUGGAAGAAAUGGUGAAGCAAAGGGUUGAGAAGAAAGCAAGGGUAUAUGGACAGGAAGUAACACUUAAUGAGACCAAUAAUAAUGUGUUGAAGGUGGAUCCUUCAUUAGUAUCCAACCUUUAUGGUGAAUGGGUUAUUCCUCUCACUAAAGAUGUUGAAAUUGAAUACCUUCUUAGACGUUUAGAUUCAUAAUUGAAUUUAAUUGUAUUAUUAAAGCCUAAUGCUUCAUUAAUUCAUGCAAUUGAUUGGAAAUUAAAUAAUUAAUUUAAAAAAUAUGCAUAAGUUGUCUUGUA